AUGCCCCCCCCCCAGACCCCCGAGGCUGCCUCCAGCCGCCUCACUCACGCAGGACAUGCGUCUCCAUCCUCUCGCAAAAAGAGCUUUGAUUUAUACCAUUUUGGGCCGAGCCCCAGAAACUGCUGCACCCGGACACUAACACACCUGGAAACCCAGACAGUCAGGUCGCAGGACCAGGCCCCGCCCCUCUGGGCCCCGCCCCCAAGUCGACUCCCGCCCUGCGCGCUUCCUGCCCAGUGCGUGCUGCUGGAACCGUCCCGCCCCACUGUGGCCCCGCCCACUCCCGCCCACUGCGCACGCGCACGCGCACGCGCACGCGCACGCCCCUGCUUAACUGAAACCGAGCGAGGCGCGCAAUCGGGUGAACGAGUUCGUUUUCGCUUCAGACGUGCCCUUUGCUGCUUCCUCCAGCCCCGCGUACGUUCAAACAAACCCCUUCGUCCCCCUCGUCCCUGGCCCGAGUGUGUCUGCUCAGCCUCAGGCAGCUACUCCAGAGGAUUAGCUCGCCAGGAUUCUGGUUGGUCAACUUGCCCAGGCUUAGUCUUUGGACCUCUUCUCUUGCUACUCCACCAUCUUUCCAUAUCAACUCAUCUCAUCGCUGUCAACACCUUGAGGUCUCUCAGUUUCACGUCUCCAGCCCAGACCUCUCCUCUGAACUUCAGGCUCCUGUGUCCAGCUGUCUCCUCGACAUCUCUGGUGGGACAUCCAGCAGGCAUCUCCACCUUAAGAUGUCCAAAGAUGAUCUCCUGGACGUCCCCAAAUGUGUUCUCCUGCAGUCCUCCACAUCUCAACUUUGACGUCUCAAGACUCCACUUGCCUGAGAAAGAAGCUCAGAUGAAGAGGAAAGAAAAGGAAUCAGGAAUGGCACUUUCUCAGGGACAGUUGACAUUCAGAGAUGUGGCCAUCGAGUUCUCUCAGGAGGAGUGGGAAUGCCUGGACUCCGCUCAGAGGGCCUUGUACAGGGACGUGAUGGUGGAGAACCUCAGGAACCUGCUCUCCCUGGGUGAGGAGAGCUGCCUCCAGAAGUCAGGAUCUGCCCUACAUCUAUCAAGGGCACCGUGACAGUUUUGAUCACGUUUAUUAAUGGUCAUCGCCUUUGUGCUGGCAACUAUUGUUGGCGCCACAUUGUGCAUCCCCUGUGUGUGCUGCUGUUCAUUCUUCAACAAACAUGAUAUUGAUGCAUCAUAUUGAAGGAGUUCAUGAAACUGAACGACGUGCACGAUGUUGAAGUCUACCUUAAUUUAUUUUGUUUAGGCUACUGUUGCUUUCAUCUUGCACAUUUCCAUGUGUUAGAAAUGAACUUGCUUUUUGUUUAUUUAAUCAUUAGUUACAUGUUUUUGAUGACGCUCAUAGGGUUCUUUGUUUUAUAUCUGUAUUUGUGCGACUGUUGAAUCAGGGAAUAAAUAUUGUUUUAUAUAUUAUCCAGGAAGAUUUACUAAUUGAGUGUUGAGGGUUACAGCUCAGUACCAAUUUCCCCAAAAUCUGUACAAACUGUAGAAUUUUGUGAAAAGAUAGUCUUAAUUAUUCCUUUUACUUCUAUUUCACCUGAGACAACUGCAGAUGUCGGUUCAAAGCUCAGUGUCACCUGUGCUUCUGACUAACUGGCAGUAGAUCAGAGGUUCCAACGACCCUUUCCUUGGGUUCGAUUAAUUUCCUGGAGCGGCUCACAGAACUGAGGGAAACACGUUUACCAGUUUAUUAAAGGAUGUGAUAAAGGAUACAGUUGAACAGCCAGAUGAGGAGAUGCGCAGUGUGCGGAAGGGGAGCGUCCCGAGAGCAGGAGUUGCUGUCCCUGUGGAGUUGAGGUGUGUCACCCUCCCAGUGUGGAUGUGUUCCCCGGCCUGGAAGCUCUCUGAACCCACUACUACAGGAAUUCUAUGGAGGAUUCCUCAUGUAACCGUGAUCAAUUAUUAUCUCCAUUUCCAGCCCCUCUUCCCUCUCUGGAGGAUGGGGAGUGGGGUUGAAAAUGCCAAGCUUCUAAUCAGGCUUGGUCUUUCUGGUGACCAGCCCCCAUUCAGGAGCCCACCCAGAGUCUCCUCAGUGGAACAAAAGAUGCUCCUAGUGCUCCUAUCACUUAGGAAACUAAAAGGGUUUCAGGAGCUCUGUGUCAGGAAUCCGGGGCAGAGAACAAUAUAUAUUUUUUCUAUUAUCUCAUGCCACGUCUCAAACCAAAGUCAGUAAAUUAACAUCUCUGGGCUAGGAACCACUUAUUAUAAUUUUAAACCUAACCAGGUGAUUCUGAUGUGCAAAUAGAGAACCAUUCUCUUUUUGCGCUAAUCACACUUCAACCUACAUAUGAAACACAUGGAAUUAUUAUUAAGAACCCAGAUACUGGUCCGGUAGGCCUGGCUUGUGCCUGAGGGUUUGUAUUUCUUGCAAGCUACAGGGCCCUGGAUUAUACUGUGUGUACCUCAGUCCUCUUAGGUAAAUAAGAUUCGAUGCAGAAAAAUAAAGAAAAUGGAACAGAAGUGAUAAAUGUCAAAACACCUGUAAUACAUGAUAUAUUUCAGAGAGUUUUGUUAAUAUUGAA